CAUGCAAAGUCUGUUUAUUUUAACAUGUUUGUAGCAGGUAACCUGUCCUGAAAACUCACUUUUUACAGAUAGUUGCCUGUAUUGAUUUGAUAGUGUGAAAAUUCUUUAUCAACGUAGAGAUGUUAAAACUUGUAAACUUUCAAGAAAAUUCAUUGGAAACUUACGCCUUGAACUUCCCACGUUGCACCCACCAAUGUCCUGUGUUGAAUACCAUAAUAUCAGCUCCUUGCCAGUCCAGAGACGAUAAAUCAAGUGUCUCCAGCCUCAAAAUUUUAAGAGAAUUUUUUGAGUUGAACUGGACAAGGAACGGGUUCCAGUAGAACUCUACAGAAACAUUGUAGUCCUAGAAAGCCAGAAAAUUGACUUUAUAGUAUGAACAUUGAAACAAAGAGAGACUUAAAGUCACAUGUAUUAUAACAUCAGACAUGUCUGGAAGUGUGCCAAACAUAAAAUACAUGGUAUUCAAGGUGCAGCAGACGUGUGCAUGUGACCGUGCAUUAUUGCACUAGUUCCGGUUUACCAUGCAUUAUUGCAUCAGGGGCGCUGGUGCCUGUGAGGGUGAUUGCAUUGGAAAAAAUAAGUCCCUAAGUUGAAUUACCUUAGCUUUGAAGACUUUAUAGUAGCCACUGCUAAUAUCAAGAUGGGUUGUUGAAGGAGGAAUUGUAGAAUAAAGAAGACACGUGAGAGAUUCCCAUUGGUUCCUAUUUAAUGAAUCUCCAACUAUGAUGACCCUCUUGCCUCUAAGCCUCUUCAACAUAUCUCUGCCAUUGAAGCUGAAAUUUGCUCAUAACAAAAGAUAGAGUUUCACUUUCUAUAUAUUGAUCAUGCAAAAAUCCUUCACACUGUCAGUUAAAUCCAAAAUAAAGAAAAGGGUGAAACAAGAAAAUGAAUGAACAAAUUUCCUACCUUGGGAUCAAACAAUCAUGAGCUUCCCAAGACCAAUUUUCGUAGUCAAAAUCAGGCCUUCCAUUCUUCUGGCAGCUCACUUGUUCACUCAGGAACGGACAUUGUGGUGCUUUGUAAUAUGGACUUCCCUUUGAUCCAUAAACCCAUCUUCCCUCGAAUAUGUUGCACUUCUUCUUGCUGUUUUUCUGUAUUAUAUCACCUUCAUCUUCUCUGCUUCUUGCUGGUUUCGAGAUUUCUAAAUUUCCAGUAGGGGAAAAGCUAUCGUCUAAAGACAAGGCAACAUUGAACAUGGCAUGUUGCAGAGCCCUGAAAUGCACUGCCUCAUUGUUGUGCUUAAGGUAUAGCAAGAAAAUGAAGCUCCCAAAUGUGCAUAACAUCCAUUUCUUGACGACUUUUGAGCUGGUUUCCAUAUUGAUUAUUGGUUUCUUGUGAGGAACAGUAAUUAAUAUAAAUUAGAAGACAUAGAACAAGUGGUUUGCAGGUAAAUUGUAGUUGUUCAAAGGUGAUAAUUUGUGAAGUUACUUAAUAUAUCUGUAUUUUUUGACUAGGAAAAUGGGUGAGAAGCUAGUCAACUAACCUUCUGCUUUCUUCUACAACUACUUGUCCUGAAAAUGACCUGAAACAAUUUUGGAACAUUUUUCCCUUUUUGCUAGUAGAAUUCAAGUGCACUAACUAUUUUAGAAAACAUUGCUAUUUUGGAGCGUCACUUACGAGGAAAUGACUUCCCUAAUGGAAGUAGGGAAAACAAGUUGCACAAGUGACGUUCCAAAAUAGUUUAUUGUGACAAAAAAAUAGUUUAUGACUUUAUAGUGUAGUAAUUUAGUGACUUUUCUGUUAUAGGGUAAUGGCUAUAGUUUAGUUACUUCAAUCUGAUAAAAAGAAUUAGUUUUCUGACUUUACUGUUUUGUGGAUUAAGUUAAAUGUUAAUACGUGAAACUAAAUGUCAUUUUCCCAUUGUGUCCGAUGUUCCAAAAUCUAUGUUAUUUGAAUUUCGAUUGCAAAUUGAGAGCUUCGUAUCUUUUGAAUAUUAGUAUAGCAAGAUUCACAGUAAACCUCUGCUAACCACAGGGUGAUUUUGAUUCUGUUAAAAGAUGGGAUAAUGUAGCUUUAGUUUUUCUAGACUUUAUAUGGUUUAGCAUACACAUUAGUUACAGGUUUCCUAAUAAACCUAGUUAACUUGUUAGGUGUUGAUUCCAAUUCUACCAUUGAUAGUAUAAGUAGGACUUUGAUUCCCAAUGAAUAGAGUUUUAGGUAUGGUGCCAUUUUUCAAAUAUGGACCAAAAUUUUGAAAUGAAAGGAGUAAAUUGCCAUUUAAUAUUACUGAUGUAGUUUCCUAUGAUCAAUUUAAAAUGGACAUGUAUGUUCUUCUUGGAAGCAAACUAGUCGUUUACCAAUCAAACAAAUACAUAUAAAAGUUAUAUAGAAGGCCAAAAUUUUCAAAGUUCCAUCAGCAAUGCCUUGUUAAACAUCAUGGUCAUCUACUGAUUCUUCUAUUUUAUAUAAUUCAAUCAUAUGAUGCAAGCUACUUGCUGACAUUUUUGCCACUCAGCUGGCUAGCUGUCAUAUUCUCCAAUUAGGUCAACUACACAAAUUGAUCAUCUAUGAAAAAAAUUCUCAGGCUUUUAUCAUAUUGACACACAAAAACACAUUUAUAGUUCGUGGAUACUAACUUUGUUUUCUAGGGUAUUGGAGUUUGACUUGGGCAAUUUUCUCUUAGUGGUGGUCGCUCUACAAACUCCCCCUGUUGUUAACAGUCCAAAAGAAUGAUUGAUCUCGUCUCACGUGAGAUAUGAAGAAGAACACGAGUCAAUAAUAAAGUCAUGGCUGAUUAUUUUUCGAGAGAUCUCUUGAUCAACAUAUUCUCAAGAUUGGGUGCCAAACAACUUUGUCAGCUCAAAUGCCUCUCAAAAGAAUGGCUUCAUACAAUUUCCAUUCCCUAUUUCAAGAAACAACGUCGCGAUCAAUCGAAGAAAAGGCCAUCUCUGUCUCUUAUCAGCUCUUCAAGAAAUCAUUCGUUCAGGUCCCAACUCAUUCAUCUUUCUUCAAUAGACUCUUCUAAUUUUGUUCAUGAAUAUGAAGUUAUUGCAGAAAUUGGGGAGGGCAAUUUUGUGUGCAGCUCUGGGCUAGACUUGUUAUGUUUUUACCAAACUGGCUAUGAAGGGGAAAUAUGGAUUUGCAAUCCCAUUACCAAAAAGACACUAGCUUUACCCGUUCUUUCCGAUUUUGCUGGUAAAGCUUGUUUAGGCUAUGUCUCUUCAACAAAUGAGUACAAAAUUGUAGUAUCAUUAGAGGGAAGAGUGGAUGAUUCUGAUGAUUGGAACCUCGAAGCCGAUUAUGAAGAACUUUUGUCUUUCAAUAUCUUAACCCUUAAGCUAGAAGAAACAAGUGUUGUAGGAUCAUGGAGAGACUUGUUGAGUUGCACACAAUAUUCUGGAACAGGUCAUCAACCAGUCCACAUCAAUGGGUUCAUUUAUUGGCUAGCCUUUGCAAAAGAUAAUACCUAUAGCAGAGAUCAAAUGACAAUUCUUGAAAUGAACUUGGAAAAUGAGGAAGUAAAUACCCUCUGUUGUCCAAAUGGCUGUAACUUUGAGUUGUCACAUUUGGCUGAGAUAAAUGGGCAUCUAUGUUUUGUUCACAAUAAAACAGAUGGUGGUGAUAUGUUAAAUGUUUGGAUGUUGAAGGACCGUGAGAGUGAAGGUUGGUGUCUAGAGUAUAGCGUUGAGGUUCAUGAGAGUGCUUAUAACUUCACUAUUCUUGGUUAUUUACCAAGAAAUAAUGAGAGUACCGGAGAUAUCUUGAUUCAGUCCUACAAAGGUGAUCUCUUUUGUUAUGAAACUGAUACCCAAAAGUUCAAAGAAUUGGAGAGUUUAAAUAAGGUAGAGUUUGAAUGGUGUGGUCUUUAUUAUGAGAGUUUCUUCUCUAUAGGCAUGCCUGGAAAUUAGAAUCCGAGAAAAAGUUUGUUUGUUUGUUACACCCUGUUAAUCCUGUUAGAAUGCGUUUUCGAGCUGGUUUCCAGUUGUUUAUUGGUUUCUUCUGUGGUAAUAUUAAUGAGAAGACAUGGAACAAGUUGUUUGCAGGUGAAUUGAAGUUAUUUUAAGAUGAUCACUUUGUGAAGUUGUUGAAUUAGAAGAAGGUGACAAGUUAGUCAACUACCCUUGUUCUCUCUUGUAACUACUUGUCCAUAUUUCCUUUUUGCUAGUAGAAUCCUGCAGGUGCAUUUAUUAAAAUGUUAUGCUAAUCAUCAAAUUCAAUGUGAAAAAUCUCAGUGACUAUAAAUAGAUAAAGAGCUAUAGAUGGAUAGUGGAACAUGCAGGUGCUGAAGAAAAUUCAAGAAACAUGGAAAUUGAAUGACAGAGAGACAACAUCAUUUUAAGAAAACAUUGCCAAUUAUAUGUUUGAGUUUACUGGAAAGGGUUUCAUUUUCUUGUGAUUUGUGUUAUGUUGUCAAUUUCUUCUUUCCCUAUAACAAGUCCACUGGCCUAGUUCUUCUCUCUCUUUUUCUUUUCAUAUGACAAGGGAAUCCGCAGUCGCUAUCCUUUGGGCGUGCAUAGGUUGGUGUCUAGAGUGUUGAGGUUCAUGAAAGUGCUUAUAACUUCAUUCUUGGUUAUUUACCAAGAAAUUAUGAGAGUAUUGGAGAUAUCUUGAUUUGGUCCGUAAAAGGUAAUCUCCGUCUGAUGUCUGAAGUUUAGGUAUUUUUGUCUGAAGUUAAUGCACAUACGACUGAAGUGCAGCCAUUUUCUCCAAAAGUUCAUGCCCAAAUACCUGGAUUUUAACCAUAAAUAACUUCAGACAAUACAUGUCUGAAGAGACAUUUUCUAAACUUCAUGCACAAAUUAAUGUACAAUUCUUUAAAAAAAGAAGAAAUGCAUAUUAAAUAGCGGUAUUCAAAUAGAAUAUCUUGUGAGAUUUCUACAUCUACUUAGCUACUAUAAAGUUGGGUUGGGUGGUCCAUCCAAGUUAGACUGCAUAAUCAAACUGAUGGCUCAAUCCCACUUAU